CGCUACCUCCCCGCACGUGCCACGUUCUCAGAUUACCACCGCGUCGCAUAUGCGUCCUCUACAUAUGCUCUGGCUUCCCACUGCACAGAUGCAGCCCUUGCCGCUGUCAAUGUUCUAAGCUUCUAGAGCUAGCCACGACGAUGGCGCGCUUGUUUCUUCCUCCCGUCCUGCUGGCCUUCUCCCUGGCCGCCGCUACCCUCAUCCUGAACGUCGGCGUCGCGGAGGCAUUUUCGUGGCAGCGGCAAGGGUGGCGCCACGUCUUCCGCGGCCGCUACGGCCGCCGCCACCGCAUCUCGUCGAUCGUGACGGAGACGAUGUUCUCGAGCAUGUUCCUGCACAAGGACAACGACGACUGCCCCGCCAAGGGAUUCUACACCUACUCCUCCUUCGUCAGCGCAGCGGAGUGGUUCCGGGAGUUCGGCAGCGGCGCCCACCACGUCGACUCGGACACGCGCAAGCGCGAGGUCGCCGCCUUCCUGGCGCAGAUCUCCCAUGAGACCACCGGCGGGUGGGCGACGGCGCCCGACGGGCCGUACUCGUGGGGCCUCUGCUUCAAGGAAGAGAUCAAUGCGUCCAGCAACUACUGCGACGCUGACAACAAGGAGUGGCCCUGCGUCCCCGGUAAAUCCUACCACGGCCGCGGACCCAUGCAACUCUCCUGGAACUACAACUACGGGCCGGCGGGGGAGGCGCUGUGCUUCGACGGGCCGGGGAACCCGGAGCUCGUGGCGAGCGAUCCGGUAUUGGCGUUCAAGGCGGCGCUGUGGUUCUGGAUGACGCCGCAGGAGCCCAAGCCGUCGUGCCACGACGUGAUGCUGGGGCGGUACGUGCCCACCGACGCCGACAGGCAGGCGAACCGAACGGCGGGGUUCGGGCUCACCACCAACAUCAUCAACGGCGGGCUCGAGUGCAACCUCCCUGCCGAUUCGAGGGUGAAGGAUAGGAUCGGGUACUACCGCCGGUACUGUGAGAUCCUCAAGGUCGACGACCUUGGGGACAACUUGGACUGCGCUCAACAGCUGCCCUACUCGUAACCAACCCAUAAACUUGACACUAAUCAGUCUAGGCACUGCUAAUCAAGCUAGAGUGCUAGACAUGCAUGCAAGUCUCAGUCUAUUUUACCAAUGUUGAACUUCUUAUGUUGCUUAUGCAAAUCUUAUGGAUGAAACCUUAUGGCUUCUAGCUAAUUUA